GUAGCUGGCUGAUAGCAAGGCACAAAGCACAACAUACAUACAUGCAUACAUGUAUGUAUGUUCAAUUAGACAAAUUGUUUGUCUAAUUGAAUUCAAUUAGAAGGUGUGUCCCAACUUUCGGCCUGUUCUGUAUAUGUUUUGCUAAAACAUUGUUGGUGCCUAACACAUCCUGUGUAACAGUUUCAUACACACCCACAUAUAUACGGACAUGAUGUAUAAUCGUGUGUGUGGGUGUGUGCAUGUUUUUAUACUUUUGUUGUGAACAGAUGACCUAAAAGACUUGUGCAACUUCUGUGGAGAGAUGGAAAGUGACUCAGAUAUGAGCUGGGUAGGAAAUUUUUUUAGAAUUAUUCGAAGACUUAGUGUUGGUAAGCUAAAUGAAGAGGACAAGUUUUAUAUAAUUUUAUCUUGUGUAAACAAGCUAUAUGAUCCUCCAGCAGUUGGAAUAUAAGGAAAUCUAAAGUGAUUGAUUGUAUAUUGUAAUAGUAAAGACAUGUUUUUCCUAAAAAAAAAAGCAUUAUAUUUUUGGUUUCUUUCCUAGAUUCAGUGUGACUUGUUCCUGAGGUGCUUCCAUCAGGCAUGUGUGGCAAGCCCAAAAACUGAAAAAACUUAUCACUGCUUUGCAUGUUUGCCUUAUUUUCUUGAGUUUGCUGUGGUGUGUUGGCUAAUGUAUGUUGUAAAAUGGUUAAUGAAUUACAUUUUGAAAACUGUUUGAUAUUUAUACUUACAAGACUUUGAUAUAAGGCAGCUAUGGAAAGAUAGUUUAAAUCCCAAGGCCCCUUAUCGUUGAGAAAUGAAGAGUAAAUUUUUCCAAAGCACAGUUAAACUCUUUCUUGAAAAUUAAUUUGUUCCCAUAUUGUUACAGAGGGGGAACGGAUUAUUUCAGGUGGCUAAAAUAUUUGGCUCCCCCCUCAUAACUUUGUCAAAUAAAGAGCAAAUGGCACCAAACUUACAUGAUUUGUUGUUGAUGAUGAGAGGAAUAAGCACAGUAAAAGAUUUUCUGGUAAGUCAAUUUGUUCCCAUUUUAUGGAGGGGGGACGGAUUAUUUCAGGUGGCGAAAACAGCUAAAAUAUUUGGUUCCCCCCUCAUAACUUUGUCAAAUAAAGAGUAAAUAUUACCAAAUUCACAGGAUUUGUUGUUGAUGAUGAAAGGAAUAAGCACAGUAAAAGAUUUUCUUGUAAGUAAUUUUUUUCCCAUUUUAUGGAGGGGGAACGGAUUAUUUCAGGCAGCUGAAAUAUCCAUUCUCUCCUCUCCUCCUCCCAUAACUUUGGGGAAUAAUGAGCAACUGUUUCCAAAUUCUCAAAAAUUGUUAUGUGUGGUAGCAUGUAGUAUACUAGAAAUUUCCUCAAUCCAGUAAUCUGUCAUAUUUUACAUUAGAACAAGAUUUACCAGAAAGUCUACACUCUCAUCUUUUCAGGAAAUCUUAAUUUUUGUGCCUUGCUAUCAGCCAGCUACCAUCCUCUUAUAUCAGCAAUGAAAAACUAUAAAUACAUACUACGUGUUGAAAAAUUGUGUUUGGUGACUGACUUUUAUUUCUGUCAUGCUGAAGUGACAAAAGUUGAAGAAAGAGCGAUUCUCUUGGCGUUUAAAAUAACACAAAACAGCGUAAAAAGACCUCGUUUAUUUAAUAACUUUACAAUUUUGUAAACAACAGCUGCCGAUUAAACUGAAUGUUACAACCUUAACAUGAUUAUAUGAGUUGUUUUACCGAGAAAUCGAUCAGAAGCGCCGUGAAAAUGUUCAGAUCCGCCUCUCUGCCUGCGAUGCGCGCUCCCGACACAGGGGGAACAGAUUUUCACAGGGGAACAGAAUUUCGCACAAGACCUCUUAAUCAGAGGACCAGAGUACAGGUUUGCCAUCGGCCGCGUUGCCUGACCUCUUCACAGCAAUUAAAAAAAAAAAAAAAAAAACCCCAGUAAAACCUGCUGCGAGCCGCUGCCAGAUCGACCGCUCCAUUUGCGUAACUGCACAUCCCUCCUCCAACUCAGACAGAAGGCUGCAACAGAAACGAAAAGCUGCCCGAGCUGCCGCAGAGAAAGGUGGAGGAGAGUGCAGCGGACCCAAAGGGAUGCGUCUUGACGUGAAGCAAGGAUAGGAGUGGAGGGGGGGAAAGCAACGAGAAGACAGGAAUAUUUCUUUUGUUGUUCCUUGCAACACUAGCAGCAGCAGAGAAGGAGAUGAUGAUGGUGAUCAUGGUCGGAAGGGGAUGUUGCAAGCCCAGGUUAGGAAAGCGCGGAAACAGGACGGGGAUCUUUCCGUCCCUGUGCGGGAUCCUGGCGUGCGCCGCGGUGCUCGCGCUGCUCUUCCUGGACAUCAUUGAGACGUGGGUCACCUCGAUGGGCAUGAGCAGGGCGGUGGAGCCGCAUGUCGCCAUCGUCUCGCCCCAGAGCCUACCCCCCUCCAGACCCGAGGAGUACCUGCUCAUGCCCAGCCCGCUUGUGUGCCAGCGCGCCAAGCCUUACCUCAUCACCAUAGUGACCUCAGCACCUGCCAAUCAGAGGGCUCGUCAGGCCAUCAGAGACACCUGGGGAGGACAGAUAGAAGUACGGGGCCUGCGGGUCAUGACCCUAUUCAUGGUGGGCGUGGCCUCUGACCCCGGCCUGGGAAAGCUGCUGAUAGAAGAAGCCAGGGAGAAAGGGGACCUGAUUCAGGGCAGAUUCUUGGACUCCUAUUCCAACCUUACCCUGAAGACCCUGGCCAUGCUGGGCUGGGCCCGCAGGUUCUGCCCUCAAGCUCACUUCCUGGCCAAAGUGGAUGAUGACGUCUUCUUCAAUCCCAGCGUUCUUCUGCAUUUCCUAAACAAAAGCCGGAACCCUUACGAGCAAGGGGACUUAUACCUGGGUAGAGUCCAUCUCCAUGUGGCCCCAAACCGCGACCCAGACAGCAAGCACUACCUCCCCUCAGGGGCCUACCCUUUGUCUGUGUUCCCUGACUAUUGCAGUGGCACAGCCUACGUCUUUUCUCGCUCUGCAUUGCUCAAAGUUGCCCUUGCAGCAUCAGCAUCGCCUCUGUCCUCUCCUUUACCCCCCGAGGAUGUGUUUAUCGGCCUCUGCGCCUAUGCUGCUGGAGUGCGGCCCUCACAUUGCUCUCUCUUCGGCGGGGGGCCAUCUGUGCCAUACGGACGCUGUUGCUAUCAAGCUAUGGUGUCCGUCCACCAAAUCACACCCAAGGAGAUGCUGGACUACUGGAAAGAUGUCCAUUCACCCCCCACUUGCUCCUGGCUGAGUCAGCGAGCUUCUCUGGGGAUCUGCAAAGUCAGGGCGAUGCUGGGCUCAGCCCUGGGCCUGGAGAAAUGACCGUGACUGCUAUUAGGAGGUUAUAGGACUCACUGGCGCUCUGCCUCGCACAACUGUUCUACAAGCUGUGAAUCUACCUGCAUUGAUAGCAUUUAGGCUAAUUGUCAUCUUUAGAGCUUUAUUUUUAUAAGAACGUCAGUUUAUUAAUUCAUGUUUUUUUCCUCCUCAGAAGACAGGAUGAUUUCAGGUUUUCUAAGUCUUUGUCUCACAGCAUCUAGCUUUGACAACAUGCAGCUGAGAAACAAAUAUAAGCAUGCUGCUCAUACAACUGCUCAUGAUGAAUGAUCAUAGGAGAAAUGCUUUCAGACUCCUACAUCUGAAUCCAAUAUUGAAACGCCAAGACAAGCAGUCUGUUACAAGCUGCUUUAAUUUAGAACUUAGUCUAAAAGCCUAAAUGCAUGUAUUGCAAAAUACAUGCAUUUUUGCAUGUAUUUUUCAUGUAAUCUAAUGCUAAUAGUAGCAUUAGAUUAUUAGCUACUAAUAGCAUUUGAUUCAGUUCCAUCAAACAACACAAAUGACGAUUACUGGAAAAAUUCUCCAAAAUAGAAAUUUAAUUUAUAAACUUUAUUGUCUGUAUAACAUUUAAAUGGUGGCACUUAGCAGACUGAUAAAAGUGAGGUUUAGAUGAUCAGUUUCAGUGACUGAGAGUGAUUAAUCUGAUAGCUGUCACAAAUGAAGAGUGGCACUAUCUAUAGCCUACUGUGAACGGUGAAAUAAUUUCACUAAGGAUGCGCUACAAUUUUGGCGUGCUUUGUUAAUAAAAAUAAAUGUUUAUUAUGAACUGUAUUUUGAACAGGAUGUAUACAUUUCCUGAGGGUUUUUCUUUCUUCUUUCUCUCACUCAGGAAAUGUAUGAAUCAAAUUCUGGCACCCUAUAAACGAUCACAUGUGAGAAGAAA